CUCCUGCGAAGGAAUUUGUCUCGAUUUAUUACAGGGCCUAUUGAAACAACAUGGCGACGCUGUGUUAUAAGUUGAUGAGAAAAACGACUGUACAAAACUAUCUAACACCAGCUCAUAGGUGUUUACACAGUGGUGUCUUCAGCAAAUUUUUAAGGGAAAGCACCAGCAAAAUAAGCUUUAGAAAGUUUAGUAAUGCUUUUGGAAAUGGAAGAAGGCGUAUAGUACGACCUGUUUUGUUUACGUGUUUGUUUGGCUCUGGUACCUUUGCUUGUUGUACAAUUUUACAGUAUGAAAGAAUCAGGCAUGAUAUUAUCAACAAAGGUGUCCAUUUAGAAGGAUAUGGUAGAGAUCAUAAAGAAUUUUCAUUUAGAAUAGCUAUUAAUAAGUGGUGGAAUGGACUAAAUGAAGGUCAGAAGUUAGUUUCAGGCAUCAUAGCAUUGAAUGCAUGUGUGUUUAUCUGCUGGCAGAUACCAGCAUUCCGGCAUUUUAUGACAAAAUGGUUUACAGCGAGUGCGUUUAAUGGUAAAACUCUACCGAUGUUUCUUUCAACAUUCAGCCAUGCAGAGCUGUGGCAUUUAGGCUGCAAUAUGCUGGUCCUAUGGAGUUUUGCGUCUCCUAUUCAAGAUAUGUUAGGCCCUGAACAGUUUUUAGCAUUUUAUUUGACUGGAGGUGUUUUUGCAGCUUUGUGCAGCCAUACUUUAAAAAUCAUCACAAAAAGCCCAGUUGCUUCACUUGGAGCUUCUGGUGCUUUGCUCGCCGUCUUGGGGGCUGUAUGUAUCGAAAAGCCAGAUGCCAGACUUGCAAUUCUAUUUUUGCCGUUUUUCUCCUUCUCUGCUAAGACGGCUUUAAUGAGUAUUAUUGCAGUCGAUGUAGCUGGCCUCGUCUUCAGAUGGAAACUGUUUGAUCAUGGCGCACAUCUAGGUGGAACUUUAUUCGGAAUUUGGUAUGUGAAGUAUGGACACCAAUUAAUUUGGGAAAACAGAACUCCUCUUCUGCAAUGGUGGCAUAAACUGAGAGAAAGCAGUGAGCGGCGGUGAUAAUUGUUUCUUUAGGGUCUAGUGAGAACAGUAUCAAAUAUCGUGCAAUUUACCAAAUGAUAAUUCAAUUAUUCGUUUAAUUAAUAACUAUUGUUAUAUGUUCUGUUCGCUCAAAGUCCAUAAAUUGCAUCUCAUUUCGUUGUUUAAUACCUACUUCCGUUUUGCACCUAUUUGAUAUCAUUUCUGUGUAUGCAAAAUGUAUACCAAAAUUACUGUAGCUACUGCAAUUUUUAACUUUAUUCUUUCUUUUGAAGAUUUGCACGUUUUUUCUCGAUGCUCGCAUGGCAUUACCUGCUUCCCUUCAUAUGAUACCCGUUAUUGCAUCAUAAAGGUGGUCUUAUCCGCGUGGUAAUACCUGACCCUCCUCCAUUUUAUGUAGGUUUCAUACGAGCAGCCCUUUUUGUUAUUUUGGUGGGGUUUUAUGACAGUUUAAAAUGAAAAAAAACAUCCAGAAAUCAAUCGUUGUUCUAUUCAAAUGUAUUUCUUUUCCAGUUCUAGUCUCAUUUGACUCGUGAAAUUCCCAAAUAUCUAAGCGAUACUUUUGAUUGUUACUUAUAAAAAUUUUUAACCUGUAAUUUUACAAAUGUAAAGAUGUAACAGGGGCGGAGGUAGGGUUGGAAGUACCCUCUUGAAGGAGGAAGUUUUCACCAUCAAUAGGCUCUAAAUGGCGAGAGCCCCAUUACCCAAUCGAGGGACCUUUACUGCCCCUAGACGCCUGUAGGGCACGAAGUUAAGACCAGUUACGUUUCUCGUUAUUUUAUGAUCCUCUCCCUCUAAAUUCUUACCUACGCCCCUGUGUAAAGUUGCAGUUAAUAUUAGAAUUUGACUAGAAGGUUGAUUUUUAUAUCCUAAAAACUGGUUUAUCAACUAGUUUCCUCUUCGUAAAAGCGUUAGAGCUCGGUGUCGUCUUUUUCUGAUAAGUAACCUGAUAUCAUGCAAUGUAUUGCUUCAUUCGAA